CCCUCAGGGCGGCGAUGUGAACGGGGGCAGCGAGGCCACAGACCUGUACACUCUGUGGGACCGGGACGGCUCGUUCCUCAACGCCUCGUUGGGCGGCUACCUAGUGGCCAACAACUCCGCCCUGCUGCCCCCUACCAAGCGCUUCCCUGCGUGCCGCCCCGUGCCGGCUUGGAACGCGUACGCGUGUCCCGGCACGUGCUACCGCACUGUGAUGUUCACUUACUUGGAACCGGGAUUUUCGGUGUAUGAGAACAGCAGCGUGCCCGACACACGCAAACGAGGGGACUUCAGCUACCUCUCCAUCCGUCGCAUUGAGGACGAUGCAGUCAUCACUGUGGACGGCAAUCUGCGCUCGGUCGGCAACAUGUGGGCGGCGGGGCAGCGGAUCUUCGUCGUCCCCCUGCUGGCGAACGCUACCUACGAGGUCAACGUAGGGUUACCGAGUAAUAACCAGGCGUUCUUCCCGUCCAACAUCACGGUGCAAGUGCGCGACAGCAACGGGUGCGGAGGGCCGGUGACUCUGAGGAUCCCGGCAAGGCAGAGCAACCAGUGGGCGAUCAACGAGGAACAGGAUGUCAACUGGAAGUGAGUGGGUGGUACUUGUGCUGGUACUUGUGCUGGUACUUGUUGUGGUCCUUGUGGUGGUACUUGUGGUGGUGCUUGUGGUGGUCCUUGUGGUGGUACUUGUGGUGAUGCUUGUGGUGGUACUUGUGGUGGUACUUGUGGUGGUACUUGUGGUGGUACUUGUGGUGGUACUUGUUGUGGUACUUGUGGUGGUACUUGUGGUGGUGCUUGUGGUGGUGCUUGUGGUGGUGCUUGUGGUGGUGCUUGUGGUGGUGCUUGUGGUGGUGCUUGUGGUGGUGCUUGUGGUGGUGCUUGUGGUGGUGCUUGUGGUGGUGCGACUGUGUGUUGAUGGUAUGAGGGGCUGGGCCGGACACGUUGAUGAUUCCCGCCAGGCAGAGCAACCAAUGGGCGAUCAACGAGGAGCAGAAUGUGAACAGGAA